AGUGCGCCAGUGAGACAGUGAGACCACCGACAGACAGACAGACAGGAGGACCGGGAGGCAGACAGACAGACAGACAGACAGCUGGGAUUCAGACAAAGGCUCGUGUCUCUCCGGUUUGUUGGGGAAAUUCGCGGUACAUUGACGGGAAACAUGUCCGGUAUGAACACGGAGGAGACCAACGUGGAUCUGAAGGAUGCUGAGACCAGGGAUGCUGCUGGACCGGCGGCUGCCGGGCUGGAUGCUGCCGGCCCGGAGGAUGCUGGGCCGCAGAAUUCUGGACCAGAGGUUGCGGCCGAACCCGCUCCGGUCGCCGCGGAUACUGACGCGACGGAGGCCGAUGUGAGCGAGGCGGACCUGGACCAGGAGGAGCAGGAGAAGCAGCCGAUGACCGGAGGAGGAGAGCGGGCCGAGGACGCUCCGUCCGCCGGAGCUGAGGCCGAGAAGAACGGAUCCGUGAAGCUGAAGAUCCCCGAAGAAGAAGAAGAGGAGGAGGAGGAGAAGUUCACCGGACUGAACAAAGAGGAGCUGCUGAGGGUGGCGGGGACCCCGGGCUGGGUGCGGACCCGCUGGGCCCUGCUGGUGGUGUUCUGGCUCGGCUGGUUGGGGAUGUUGGGCGGAGCCGUCCUCAUCGUCCUGCGGGCUCCUCGCUGCAGAGAUCUUCCCGCCACCAACUGGUGGAACCACGGCCCGCUGUACCAGGUCGGAGACAUCCGGGCCUUCAGCGCCGCCCGCAACCUGAAGGGUCUGGAGCAGAAGGUCAGCAGCCUGUCUCAGCUGAAGGUCAGAGGUCUGGUGGUCGGUCCGAUCCACGUCGCUCCGGCGGACAACGUCGAGGGUCUGAGUUUUGAGGAAAUUUCCCCCGAGGCGGGAAACCCGGAGCAGUUUAAAGUUCUGGUCCAGACGGCUCAUAAGAAGGGGAUUUCUGUGGUUCUGGAUCUGACUCCAAACUACCAGGGAUCAUCUGGACCCUGGUUCUCCAACACCAGCGCGACCUACGUUGCAGAGAGACUGAAGUCCGCUCUGGUGUUCUGGCUGGAUAAAGGUGUGGAUGGGGUUCUGUUGUCGGGGGUGGAGCGGGUCGCCAGUGUGGUGCCGUCUCAGUGGACCGACAUCAGAGCCAUCGUCCAGAACAGGACGGACGAGCGUCUCAACAAGAGAGUCCUGAUCGGCGUCACAGAGCGCUCCUCAGCUGAAGACGUGUCCACCCUGCUCUCCUCCACCGGCGUCGACCUGCUGAUCUCCAGGGUCCUCCGGCCCGGCAGCACCGACACCGCGGAGCUGGCUCGCUCCGUCCAGCUGUUGUACUCGGCCCACAGCCAGACCUCGCUGGCCUGGAGCCUGGGGGGACGGGCCGAGGGUCACCUGGCGUCGCUGGUGGGCCCGGCGCUGGUGAAACUGUACCAGCUGCUGCUGCUCACGCUGCCCGGGACGCCCGUCAUCAACUACGGAGACGAGAUCGGCCUGAUAGAUGAGGGCAACAAGUUUCCCAAGAUGCUUUGGGACUCCGACGAGGAGCUGAAUGGGACCCUGCAGGAGGAGCGGGCUGAGCGUCUGUCCUGUCGUAGCUUUUUCCGCGGCCUGAGCGAGCUUCGUGGUAAAGAGCGCCCCCUGCUGUUUGGAGACUUCCUCCUCCUCUCUAACUCCUCCUCCUCCCUGGCGUACCUGCGGGAGUGGGAUCAGAGCGAGCGAUACGUGGUCGCCUUCAACUGGGCGGAGGAGGCGGCGGUGCUGCAGCUGAGCGGCGCGGCGCUGCCUCAGCAGGCCACGGUCGUCUUCAGCACCAACAGCAGUGUCCUGCCGGAGAGCAGCGUGGACCUGACCGACCUGCGGCUCGGCCCCGGACAGGCCGCGCUCCUCAAGUUUCCCUACAAACGAGUUUAGAUGUGUUGUCAGCUCCAGAGAACAGUGUGGUUACAGGAUGACACCUCCGGGGGAGAGGGGAAGGUUAUGUUCUGUGCUCCUCAGUCAUUUAUUCAAAUUGUUCAGGUUAAUUUAACCCUGGUGAGCCAAAAACCUGACAACUUUCCAACUUUCCACACGGAGUAUAUAAUCUGAACACACACAUAAAACACAUGGAUAUCGUUCAGAGUGACUUCCACCUCCUGAGAAUAUCAUCAUCUCCGAUGUCCAUCCAGAGUAAACAUCCAGGAAUACACUUAGGAAUCAGAGAGAAAAGUCUCUGCAGAACUCCCCUGAAAAUCUUCACGUUUUUACGUUUUCUUCUGUAUUAAAGGACGCAUGCACUGCAAACAGGAAGUGCUAACAGCUAGUUCGGCAUUGUUCACUGGAGAAUAACUGAGGGUAGAAAAACCAGGUGUGUCCAGAGAACAGCGGUGCAGCUAACCCUGCUGCUGACAUCACAACAUUAGGGAACAUCAGUUGUCUCUGUUCACGAUGUGUUAGCAUGUUAGCAUCUAUCACCGUGGAAACACUUUUUACUUCCAAGUUUGAGCAAAGAUAAAAAGCAGACGUACAAAAAAACGGAGAAAUACAAUUUAAGUCACUGAGCAGCUGAACACCAGCCUCCUCCCCCGCAGCCUCCUCCCCCACAGCCUCCUCCCCCGCAGCCUCCUCCCCCGCAGCCUCCUCCCCCGCAGCCUCCUCCCCCGCAGCCUCC